GUAGGUCUCUAAUGCAGGCCCUAGAGAAGUAUGCCUCUUCUCCCCAGCGGUGCCAACUCUUCGUGGGUCCUAGCGGGACCCCGGAAGCCCCACAGCCCUGAAACGGCCCCCUUGGAAUGAGGCGCUGCCAUCCCACCCCAAGUCGCAGGGGGCGCCAUUCAGUCUCGCUCCGACGGGAAGGGGGCUCCGCUUCCUUUCUACGCUUGCGCGGCAAGGAAGCCCUCACUUCCGGCCUUGCGCGUUCAGGGCCCGAACCUAACGGGCGCAAAAGACGGUCAGCAUGAAGUUCAACCCCUUGGUUACCUUGGACCGCAGCAAAAACCGCAAACGUCACUUCAAUGCGCCCUCGAACGUGCGCCGGAAGAUCAUGUCUUCCCCACUCUCCAAGGAGCUGCGGCAGAAGUACAACGUCCGCUCUAUGCCCAUCCGCAAGGACGACGACCAGACCCUCUCCAGUCUGAUCUGUAUCUCACUACCUAAUAGAAGGCUGCUUUUGGCUGAGAUCACCAGUAACCUAUUUGUGGUUCGAGGACACUACAAAGGUCAGCAAAUUGGCAAGGUGGUCCAGGUGUACAGAAAGAAGUAUGUCAUCUACAUCGAGUGGGUGCAGCGUGAGAAAGCUAAUGGUACAACUGUCCAUGUGGACAUUCACCCGAGCAAGGUGGUUAUCACCAGGCUAAAGCUGGACAAAGAUCGGAAAAAAAUUCUUGAACGCAAAGCCAAAUCUCGACAGAUCGGAAAAGAGAAAGGCAAAUAUAAGGAAGAACUUAUUGAGAAAAUGCAGGAGUGAACAUAACCUGUUGUGCAAGCAUGGUUUACUGAGGCCUUUAGCCUGGUGUGUGUUCCUUUGAAACUUUUCAAGAUGUCUGCCAAACAUUUCCUCCUCUUCCUGUUUUGCUGUUGGUAAUGUAGCUUUGUAAAUCCGCUUUUGCUGUUUUGAUUAAUAAUUUUUAUGAAUAAGAGUUGAAAAGUUUUCUUAAUUCCAAGGGGAAUUUGCAUUGUUUUAUAGAUAAAAUUCAUUUUACUAUAAAUCCCUUGUUGCCAUUCUUUCCUAUGUUUAAUGUACUGAGCAGCAGAAUAGCAGUGGUAGGAUGGCUCUCUCCUCAUGCUGGGACCCUCAUGCUGAUGGGGUGGAUAGGACAGGGCUCUGGUCCCUAAUUCAGGGGUUUGUCCCACUCAGAGGUAGUCAUGAUGUGAACUGGCACGUACAAGACCUCACUGAGUGGCUGAUGCUGCUCUGCACACCUGUCUCAAGUCUGAUGGAUUACUCCCUGGGCCCUUGCCUCUCCCUUGUGCUCCAGCCCAACCAAAUGGCAGGCAGCUCCCUGACCAGGUUGCCCUUCCCAAGGUCUUGACUUUGCAAGUGCGUUUCCAAAUGACUGAAACGUCCUUCCUCUCACCUGGAGCUAGCUAAGAAAACUGACGACAGCCUGGAGUCCAGCAAGAUUUGGUUCACAGGCAGAUUAUGUUUGUCCUUCUGUUUUCAUAAUUUUACUAGGUCAGUUGCCAACAUUUAAAAGUUCAGGGAUUUCACAGAGAAAUCCACAUCUUGUUUCAUCCAGUUACAUGGGGCCCUGAUCUGAUACAGUAUCCAUUGCGUGGAGCUCAGAGGCUGGCUGCUCCCCAUCCAGUCUGCACCAUUCAUGUCCCCGACUUGCAGGGCCCCCACUUGGCAUCUUGAAUUUUACGCUCCAGAUCGAACUGCAACCACCCUAACAUGAGUUCGCUCCUCAGGGAAUUAAAGAGACUACACCAGGUGUUAUACAAAGGAAAGUUUAUUUGCAGCAAAUAAGAUCACAGGGAAUAGCUUCCAAGUCCAUGACUCCCCAGGUAGGGGUGAAUAGUGUUUGUUUUUUUUGGGGGGGGGUUACGAUGAAUAUUCAGAAAGGGGAGUUUCUUCAUUAUACGUAGAGGUGGGCAUAAGGUUGUGCACAUGUCUUAAGAUGCCUAUGUAAGCAUUGU